UCGCUUCAGCUUAAUUCCGUAAUUAUUAGUCGAGGGCAGGCACCUGGUUAAGGCUGGGCGAAAACGGGAAGAGUAAAAGGCGCAGAGCGCGCUGGGGGCACCUGGAUGGAGAGAGCCGAGGCGGACGGAGGAGGCUUCGGGAAGCAACACCCGGGCGGGAUGAGAACAGCCGGCCGACUCCGCACCCUGAGGACUAACCACCGACCCGCGGGCACCUUCGGCGGGAAACCACGUCAGAAAUCCCGACCUGGACUGACUUCCUGCCCGGGAGGCCCCGCGGCCUCGGGCUCUGGGCGCGGGCCAGGGGGGCGGUGCCGGCGGCGCCGGGUCGGAGGCGCUUCCUGGGCGCAGCGGGCGGCGAGCGGCGCGCGGAGCAGCGGGAGGCGCGGGACGGCGCGGCGUGGAGGGCGCUCGGGCGGCGACAUGGAGGACGGCGUGCUCAAGGAGGGCUUCCUCGUCAAGAGGGGUCACAUUGUCCACAACUGGAAGGUGCGAUGGUUCAUCCUUCGGCAGAACACGCUGCUGUACUAUAAGCUCGAGGGGGGUCGGAAAGUGAACCCUCCCAAGGGCCGGAUCCUUCUGGAUGGCUGCACCAUCACCUGCCCCUGCCUGGAGUACGAAAACCGACCGCUGCUCAUUAAGCUGAAAACUCAGACAUCUACGGAGUACUUCCUGGAGGCCUGUUCUCGAGAGGAGAGGGAUGCCUGGGCCUUUGAGAUAACAGGAGCUAUUCACGCUGGGCAGCCCGGGAAGGUCCAGCAACUCCACAUAUUGAAAAACUCCUUCAAGCUGCCCCCUCACAUCAGCCUGCAUCGCAUCGUAGACAAGAUGCAUGACAGCAGCAGUGGAAUCCGGCCAAGCCCCAACAUGGAGCAGGGAAGCACCUACAAAAAGACCUUCAUAGGCUCCUCCCUCGUGGACUGGCUCAUCUCCAACAGCUUCGCAGCCAGCCGUCUGGAGGCAGUGACCUUGGCCUCCAUGCUCAUGGAGGAGAAUUUCCUUAGGCCAGUGGGCGCCCGAAGCACAGGAGCCAUUCGCUCUGGGGAUCUGGUUGAGCAGUUUCUGGAUGACUCCACGGCCCUGUACACUUUUGCUGAGAGCUGCAAGAAGAAGAUAAGCCCCAAGGAAGAAAUAAGUCUCAGUACUGUGGAGUUAAGUGGAACAGUGGUGAAACAAGGCUAUCUGGCCAAACAGGGGCACAAGAGGAAAAACUGGAAGGUGCGGCGCUUUGUUCUGAGGAAGGACCCGGCUUUCCUGCAUUACUACGACCCUUCCAAAGAAGAGAACCGGCCCGUGGGUGGGUUUUCUCUCCGUGGUUCACUCGUGUCUGCGCUGGAGGAUAACGGCGUUCCCACUGGGGUUAAAGGGAAUGUCCAGGGAAAUCUCUUCAAAGUGAUUACUAAGGAUGACACACACUAUUAUAUCCAGGCCAGCAGCAAGGCUGAGCGUUCAGAGUGGAUCGAAGCUAUCAAAAAGCUAACGUGACAAGAUCCUAAGGGUGUAGCACCAGGAUUCCUCCCUCCUACCGGAUGACAUUUUCCUGGAAAAUGGGGGUGUGUUGAGACUUUUAACUUUUAUAUUUUGUACUGUUUUGGAGUGAGCUUGGUGAAGUUCCUCAGAUUACAGUCGGCAGUGGUGCUAUUUAUUUCCUUCCCCACUUUCAUGUUAACAUGGAAACGCUGGAACAGCCAUUAGGCAUCCACAUUUUGACUUUUGCCCAUCAUCACAACCAGCCAUUCCUUGGGCACCAAAGUCAGAUCCCUUUGUUACACUAACUGGCCAUGUUGUAAUACUAAAUAAAACACUAUCGUCUCAUAGUGGCACUCUCUGAAAUGCUGUCAACAACUCCUAACUCCUUUGGAAAUAAUAAAAAUUUGACAUUUGUCCCUGGC